AUGAGUGCUGCCUUUGUACCCGCUUGGGACACCUCUGUUGUCUCGGAGUAUGAAGCUCGUGUAGAGCCAUUCACGGGUCUCUUUGUGAAGGACCUACUAGAACCAGUUUUGAAGGAUGCCAAAACGAGGGACGGUCCAUUAUCCCUUCUCGAUGUGGGAUGCGGAGCGGGCUGUGGCUCCCUGCUUGCUGCCGAACAUGGUUUACGUGUGACGGCUACUGACGUUUCGCAAGGCAUGGUGGACCGAACACGACAACGUGCUGAAGAAAAGGGGCUUUCUAUGGAAUGCGUUGAAGCUAGUGGAGAGGAACUGACUUCGAAUGAUGUCUUAAAGCACCGCCUCGGUCACUACGACUUUUGCAUUGCAGCAUUUUCCUUAAUAUUCUUUCCGGAUCCAGCCAAGGGAUUGGCCGAAAUCUAUCAGUGUCUUUCCGAUGACGGGGGCAAAGUCAUGUUGACCGCUUGGGGAAACAAGGAAGAGACACCCGCCUUUCAAGUUUUUCAGGAUGCCUUUCGCGCCGUCAAACCGGAAACUGCCGAUGGGGGCAAGCCCGGCAGAAUCACUGGCUCUCCUUCCGUGCUGAAAUCACUGCUGGAGGAAGCAAAUUUUCAAGACGUUGAAAUUGUCGGACCUGUCUCUCAUCACCUGCACGUCAAGGAACCAGAGGCAUUUUAUGAUCGAUUUGCGUUGACCUCCCCAAAGAUUAGAGGACAGUUGGCAUCGUUGGACGCAAAAGAACGACACGCAGUCAAAGAGAAGGUAUUGACGCUGGCCGAGGAAAGAGGAGGCGGAAAGGAAGACGGAUCCAUUGCAAUUCCCUCCAUGGCUUAUCUAGCCUAUGGUACAAAGCGUUCCGGUGGGGGCCAAUCCAACAAAACCUAG